AUGGCCAGGCCAUAUGAAAUGGUCGACAUGCUGUACCAACCCCCCAAAGGUAGUGAUUCGCAACGUCUGGAUCAUCACCUCAAUAGGUGGCUGCCCGAAGGCUCCAAGUACUACGGCUACUGGGGCUUUACUAUCUAUCGCACACACUACAGCCCGGAGUCUGAUAAGCAAUGGGAAAUCCUUCUUGAUGCUUUGACGCGCCAAACAAGGCUUGCAUUGGGUUAUUACGACGGCCAAUCAUACGAGCAGGAAGUCAUGGAGCAGAAAGAUCGGAAUGUGCCACCGAUGUAUUAUUGCAAGAGCCAAGAGGAAUUCCAGGAAAACUUGAAGCAACUUAAAGACCGAUUUCGUCUCGAUACCCGCGAAGAUCCAUCGCUUGACGGCCUGGGCGUUCGUGAGCUCCGCGAGGUCUGCCUUCGCGAUAGACCUGAAGCAGAAAGGACCAUGGCGGGAUUCAAGUUCCAAUACGUUCUCCUUGCAGAUAAGGCAGUGUUUGAAGCUAUGGACAAGGGAGAGUUCAUUAUAAAAGCAGUUUCAUAUACCUGGGAGGACGGCUGUUCUGACUGGGGCUGGAUGCGAAUUCCGACUGGUUAUCUGCUUGACCUUUGGCAUAGGCUUAUGUUGAGGGAUGAGAAUGGACCUAGGAUUCUGCCGUUCCGAGGUCCAGAGGAAGCCCUUGAAGAAUAUGUCUGGCCUUCGAGUCUAUUUCUUGAUGGGACGGGUGAUUGCUCUGAGGUUAACGAGAAGCACAUCGAACAGAGCAUUGGAACUUCUAAAUCGUCGACUUUCAAGGGCAUGAAAGGCAUCCGCGGUGGUAACUUGAGAUAG